AGCAACACCUGCAGGUAGUGCUAAAGUGCUUCAGAUUCACUCUCUAGCAAUGGAAAAUGUGUCUUCAGAAACUUUUUUGAUAACUGGGGGAAGUGGGUAUUUUGGUUUUCGCCUAGCAUGCUCGCUGCAUAAAAAAGGAUCCAAAGUCGUGCUGUUUGACAUCAUCCCUCCAAGAGAAGAGCUGCCAGAGGACAUCACAUUUAUCCAGGGAGAUAUAUGUGAAUAUGCACAGGUUGCAAAGGCCAUUACUGGUGCGGAUUGUGUGUUUCACAUCGCCUCCUAUGGCAUGUCAGGCCAGGAACAGCUGAACCAGCAUCUAAUUGAGGCAGUGAAUGUUCAGGGCACACAGAAUGUCCUCAAGGCCUGUGUGGAGCAAGGAGUCUCCAGAAUGGUGUACACCAGCACCUUCAAUGUUCUUUUUGGAGGCCAAGUGAUAGAGAAUGGUGAUGAAAGCCUUCCCUAUCUCCCUCUCCAUCUUCACCCUGACCACUACUCCAGAACCAAGUCCAUGGCUGAAAUGGCAGUGAUGAAAGCCAAUGGCACUGCAUUGAAGGAUGAUUCAGGGGUGCUGAGAACUUGUGCAUUGCGUCCAGCAGGUAUCUACGGUCCCGGAGAGCAGAGGCACCUGCCCAGGAUAGUUAGCUACAUUGAGAAGGGAAUAUUCAGGUUUGUUUAUGGAACUCCUGGAAGCCUGGUGGAGUUUGUCCAUGUGGAAAACCUUGUGUUUGCACAUGAACUAGCUGCUAAGGCUCUGACACUCGAGAAGCAGCACCGCUCUGCUGGCCAGACAUACUUCAUCUCAGAUGGAAGGCCUGUCAAUAAUUUUGAAUUCUUCAGACCUCUGGUAGAAGGCUUGGGUUAUCCUUUCCCCAAGUUACGCCUGCCUAUCUCCCUCAUUUACUGUUUUGCGUACCUCACAGAAGUGAUUUAUCACCUCAUCGGCCCCUUCUAUAACUUUCAGCCACUACUGACGUGUACAGAGGUGUACAAAACAGGUGUGACUCAUUACAUCAGCAUAGAAAGAGCUAAGACUGAACUUGGCUAUGAGCCCCAGAAGUACAGCCUGGAUGAGGUUGUACAGUGGUUCAGAAGUAGAGGCCACGGUAAAAAACCUCACCGGUUCUUCAGCCGAUUGCUACUAAACAUCCUGGUUGUUGGUGCGUUUAUUGCUGUGGUCUUCUCUUACCUUCCAGUUGUUGGCAGCUAAUGGGAAAAAAGAGAAUGAUUUUAAAACUUGUUAUUUUGAUGCCCUGAUGUGAAUUUAUGUAUAAUAAAAUUUUUAAAUGUUGGCUUGUAUAGUCUUAAAUGCCCUUCAAAUGGUUUGUAUUAACAGGUGCAUUUACCGAUACAGUAAUAUUUUUCCACUAUUGAAAAGAUAAAUGAUUUCUGGGAAUUAUUGGAUUCCCUAAUUGAACUGUACCAAUACUUAUACAUUACAAUGUUAAAUUGGUUGAUGCACUUGUCUGUUAACAGGCCUUAUUAAAGAACAUACACAUUGUGCUGUGCAUUAACACAUGCAGUUAUGCUUUAGCAAUGAGUGUUAGUAUAUCAGAGGUCACAAAAAUGGACAUA